UUAACCCUCAACACAGACGGCUCCGUUCAUACUGAUAUAGGUCACGCCGCAGCUGGUGGCCUGAUAAGAGAUCAUACAGGCAGAUGCCUCUUGGCAUUUGCGAUGAACCUGGAUAUUUUCUCUAUUACCCGGGGGGAAUUGAGGGGCGCGGUGGAAGGACUUCGUUUGGCCUGGGAUGUUGAUUUCAGACGAGUUAGACUAGAACUGGACUCUGCAUGUGUUUGUCAGCUGUUACAGAGCACGAAUUCUUGA